UUAAGUAGAAUUAGCUUCUUCACAUCUUAGCUUAAUUCACUUCCGUAGUCCCCCUACCUCCACAUGAGUACUCUCUCUCUCUAAACUCAUGGAUUCUCUUCUUUUGCAAUGGGUUCGCUUCGUCUUCAUAUUUACGAGUGCGCUGUGCAGUGUAUUCGCAUGGCCGAACGACCUCCCCGGCUCGUGGGAGCUCCUGGUGGCCGACGCCGGCAUUGCCUCCAUGCAUACUGCCGUCACACAUCACAACACCGUGGUCCUUCUCGAUCGAGCCAACAUCGGCCCCUCCCACAUACUCCUCCCCCGGGGCCAUUGUCGGUUUGAUCGCCACGACGCAGCUCUCAAACACGACUGCUACGCCCACUCCGUCGUCCUCGACCUACAAACCAACAGAAUUCGUCCCUUGAUGAUCCUCACCGACACUUGGUGCUCCUCAGGCCAGUUCCUCCCGGACGGUACACUGUUAUCGACGGGUGGAGACAUGGACGGGUUUAAGAAGAUCCGAAUGUUCAAACCGUGCAAGGCAGACGGGUUCUGCGACUGGGACGAGCUAAAAGACGUAGAAUUGGCGGAUGGGCGGUGGUACGCGACGAACCAGAUACUACCGGACGGUUCGGUGAUAAUUGUCGGUGGGAGAGCGACGAACACGAUCGAGUAUUUUCCGCCGAGAAAAGGAGCCGUUUUUUUGCCAUUCCUUGCGGACGUAGAGGAUAAGCAGAUGGACAAUCUGUACCCUUAUGUCCAUCUACUUCCCAGCGGUCACAUUUUCAUCUUCGCUAACGACAGGGCGGUCUUGUAUGAUCACGACAUUGACAAAAUUGUCAGAGAUUUUCCACCGUUGCCCGGUGGCCCACGGAACUACCCAUCAGCAGGCUCAUCAGUGAUGCUGGCCCUCCAAGGGGAUUACUCGAUGGCUGUGAUUGUGGUGUGCGGUGGUGCACAUUUCGGUGCGUUUCUCCAGAAGAGUACGGAAGCCCCGGCUCACGGUAGCUGCGGCCGCAUUGUGGCGACUGAGCCCCGCCCCGUUUGGCAAAUGGAAGAUAUGCCAUUCGGGCGGAUAAUGGGGGACAUGGUUAUGCUCCCCACCGGUGAGGUUUUGAUUAUCAAUGGAGCUCAGGCAGGGUCUCAAGGGUUCGAGAUGGCCACCAACCCUUGUCUUCACCCGGUUCUUUACCGCCCCGAUCAACCCGUCGGGUUACGCUUCAUGACGUUGAACCCGGGAAUCGUUCCCAGAAUGUACCACUCCACAGCGAACCUGUUACCGGACGGGAGGGUUUUACUUGCGGGAAGCAAUCCGCAUUACUUGUACAGAUUCAAAGCCAAAUUUCCGACGGAAUUACGAAUUGAAGCAUUUUCGCCGGAAUACUUGUCGGCGGACCGCGCCAAUCUCCGACCGGAGAUCCAUGGAAUUCCCGAAACGAUACGUUACGGGGAGAUUUUCGAAGUCUCGGUGUCGGUUCCGUUGCCGGUGGUGGGGAUAGUGGAGGUAAAUUUCGGAAGCGCACCUUUUGCAACGCAUUCAUUUUCUCAGGGUCAAAGGCUGGUGAAAUUAGCCGUUACAAGCGCGGUUCCUAACGGUAACCUUUAUAAAAUUGGGUGCACGGCGCCGCCAAAUGGGAUGGUUGCUCCGCCGGGUUAUUACAUGGCCUUCGCCGUCAACCAAGGCGUGCCAAGCAUCGCUUGCUGGGUACAGCUUGUUGACUAAUAUUAAUAAAUAAUUCUU